UUCAAUCCAGUCGAGUCAUCAAUAUCCGGUUCUCGGGCUGCACCUGUCUGGAACUGCCCACAUCGCGAAACACGUGUCCCGCGCAUCGCUUUGGCGCGCACUCGGGAAUACGUCGUUCUGGGGGGCAUAUAUAUACUGCAUCACGUCUCUGUCGUCUCUUUACACCUCAUCUGCUUGCUUUCAACUGCGUGACGUUGACUAGCUGUCGAAAUCGUCGUGAUGGAUACUGGUCACCUUCGCGCCUAUGGAAGCAUCAUCGCGUCUGCCGUCGUGUGCAUCGUCUGUGGAAGCUUCUCCUCACUCCGCACUCCCAAAGCAGCUAAAGAACGAGCGGCUAAAAGCUCCCCCGAACGUGUGGCUCAGAUAGAAGAGGAAGAAGAAGAAGUCGCAGCUCUCACGUCGGCCGACGCGUGGCUUUUCCCCAUUCUUGGCAGCAUCUCUCUUGUUACUCUGUUCCUAGUUCUACGAUACUUCGACCCGAAGUGGAUCAACUGGUUUCUGGGGUGGUAUUUCACAUUGUUGGGCUUUGGCUCGGUUUGGAAGUCAUCAUCGUCGCUGGUCAAGACUGUUCUCGGAACGCGCAGAUGGCAUAAUCUGACUCAAUACACCCUCAGUUUGACGGGUGGGAAAGACGAGAUGUUCAAGCUCCAAGCCCGCCUUCCUACGAUCUUGCUCUCCGUCCCUUCUGCACUCAUUUGCUUUUACUACGGCAUGAGCGAAGACAAACCCUGGGUAUUGACUAACGUCAUCUCGCUCUCCCUGGGCUGCAAUGCGAUCGCUGUUCUGAAGCUGGACAACUUCUGCACUGCCGCAAUCCUGCUGGGAGGAUUGUUCAUCUACGACAUAUGGUGGGUGUUCGGAACGAAUGUGAUGGUGACAGUGGCCAAGGGACUAGACGUGCCGAUCAAAGUACUCUGGCCCAAGACAGACUUGUCCGACCCGUCUCCUCAACUCGCUCUGCUGGGCUUAGGCGACAUCGUCGUUCCCGGGCUCUUCAUCGCCCUCUCACUCAGAUACGACCUAUCCCUCGCAGCAAACGCCCCGCUGCCGCCGUAUAACCCAUUCUCUAAAUUCCGCAAGUCGUAUUUCUGGGCAACUUUGAUCGCCUACUUCGCGGGGCUGUCCGUCACGAUCGGGGUUAUGGAGAUAUUCCAGGCCGCGCAGCCGGCGUUGCUUUACCUCUGCCCUGCAUGCAUAUCCGCGUGGCUGUUGACAGCUCUGUCCCGCGGGGAAGUCGCCGCAGCGUGGGCAUGGCGCGAAGAGACAGAGGAGAAGCCUGAUUCUGGUAGUCCGGCUUCUAGCGGUGCGGCGUCGACCUCGGCGUUGAUAGCUAAAUCAGAUUGAGAGAUGAACUAUAAAUGUAUCGUAUAUGCUAUAAAUUAAUGUAAACUGAAUCUCAA